AUGUCCGCUAUCGGCCACGGUGCUCCAAAUGACGAACCUGCCCCUGUGGACGGAGCUCACAACAUUGAGGAUGCUUCUCGUCAUGUACACUCGCCUACUUUGGGCGAGGGCGAUACAGUCGUAGGCGACCACACGCGACAACAACCGGCCUCUGUACCCUUCACAAAUGUCGCCCAAUCCCCGGCACAACGGGUUCCUCGUUCCACCGACGCAGAGAGUGCAUCUGAGCUCACUCAAGCUGCAUCAAAGGAUUCAAAACAGGCGGUCAAUCUGGAGAGCAGGCUUACAAUAAGGAACGCAGAGAAGUGGCAUGAAGCACUCAAGACCCUCAAGGACAAGCAUGAGCAUGAAUACGACUACAUAGAUCUUGUGCUUCGAGAAACGCAAGGGCUUCACAGCACAGCCAUCGAUCGGACUCUUCCCGAAUAUAUCCAGCAAGACCCUAAAUCCAAUGACAUCGUUCGCCGAGCCAAACGAUGGUUGCCUACCAUGGCCAGUGUCAGGAGCGUUGUCAUGCCAAUCGCAGCCCUAGAUCCAUAUAAAAUCGCGCCCAUUAUCUGUGCCGGCUUCUUCGCUAUUGCUGAGAUUGCGACCAACGGACCGAACGCGGAGUACAGAUCCAAAGCUCUGGACGCAUACUUUGCAGUUGGCAAUGCUAUCAAUAACGGGUUAUCCUUCGAAGCGAUGUCUGCCAUGGGGCCUGAGGAACAGGAGCUGAAGAAUCAGCUCCCUGAUAUCUACAUCAUGGCUUUGCGGCUUAUGUGUAGCGUUCAACUCGCGUUAGACAAGUUAUCGGACAAAUCGAAGUGGAGUCAGAUGAAACAAAAGGCCGUUGCCCUGAUGAAGAAUGAUCCCGAUGCGUGGGCUGAGCAAGUCAAAGACCUCAAGCAACGGGGAGAGAAUCUAAGUGGAGCGAGAAAGCGUAUCAACGAGAGAGAGGCCGCGGAAUCGAAAGUCGCCGCUGCACUCAGAUGGAUGAGAAGCAGUACUGAUCCAGAGGCUACGCCAAGCAACAUCGAACGGGAAAUAACGUCGGACGGUCGAUCCAAGAAUUACGCGCAGUGGUUUCUGGACUCGAAUGAAUACGAGGCUUGGCAUCGGAUAUUGCUAAGCCUGCAAGCGUUCGAGAGUACACAGGGCCCAAACGAGCCUGUGCGCGUCAUCCCUUAUUUCUGCUCUGCCCAGGGUGCCUUACGGUCUGGUCUCGAGACAAUCAUACGGUCACUUACCUGGAAAUUGUCCUGGCGACUAGACAGUACUUUGGCUCCAUCUGCGUACGAUUUCCAUGACAAGAAAACUACGGGACCUGAGAUGCCCGUACCUAUCGAAGAAUGGCAAGCUCUUUUUGCUAGGCUUAUAGGUGAUUGUGAUAAGUUGACUAGGAUAGCAAUCCUUGUGGAUGGUCUCGAUGCAUUGGACGAAACGGAAGGCAGUGACCUCUUCCUUGACUACAUGAAGUCCAUCAUCGAAAAACAUGGGAACGUAUUUCUCGUUUUCUCAUCCCACCAACACGUGCUGGUAGACAACCGAUUUGCUCCACCAGAUCUUGUGGAGUUCAAAGUGACACCAGAAGACACAAUGAAAGACCUCGAAGCUUUCGUUGACACCGAAAUCAACUAUGGAGCUGCAGACUCUGGCGCAAUGCCAGUAAAUGGCAGGAAUCAAGAUAACUUGGCAAAGACCCGGCGCGUCUCGAUAUUCUUUCGACCUGGGCAGGAACAACGUCGCAAGGACAUGAGAAACCUAUUGUUGACCGGAGCCAGAGGAAUGUUCGUGUGGGUCAAGAUCUGGCUUCAGAUUCUGUUCCCUAGAAAUCAUCCACAAAAGCUCGUGUUGACCGAAGAGCAUGCUGAAAAGCUUCUUGACCAAUUGAGAGGCUCGGGAAGCCAAGAACAAGCUGAACAACUUCAGACUGCAUACCAACGCCUCUGGACUUUGAGCGAGUAUGAUUCCUAUCAAAAGACUAGGCUGAACCUCUUUCGCUUCGUUCUUUGCUGGGCAGAGAGACUGUCGGUCGCACGUCUCACCAGGAUCCUGAGACUGAAGUUAUACGAAGAAGGCCCAGACAAUGCGAGCCUUUCUCAACAAGACGUGCGCGACCUAGGCGCCGACUUCCUGACCUUCGAUCACAAGGACAAGAUAAACUUCGCUCACGACUCUGCGAGAGCAUUCGUUUCUCAAAAAAUCAACGAAGGAGGGGAUUUAUCGGUUCUCAACCGGAAGAGUCAUUGUCGGGUGUUGAAACUGUUUAGUAUUGUCUUGUCUUCACCCGACAGUUCCGACCGCUUUGUUGCAUAUCUUGCGAUAUACUUUUUCGAGUUUCUCGCACAUCAUUGCGAACGAUCUAUCGAGGAUGCUCUCAGCUACGACAAAGAAUGGGAGAGGCUCUUUGACCAGGUGCUCCUCUUACACCCGCAGGUUUAA